UCGUAAUACACCAUACAUCCAUAUGAAAACCGGUACCCCGUCACAGUACUCCGUCUACACAAUACACUACGUAUUUAGGUUGAAGAUCUCUCCCACUUUACCCCACCUUUUUACAUACCUGACAGUCAAAGCCUCGACAAAGCAAAUAUUGAAGAAUUUCACCUGCCGCCUUAUGCUCAUACAAAACUUUCAUGUAUGGAGAGGACGCAUGCUCUCUUACUGAAAGUCAUUGCAUCGUGAGACUCGGACUGAUUGCUGUCAUUUAAUAAGUUGUAUCAGGCUUCUAUAUUAGCUUUCAGCUCUCCUCAUGAUGGCUUCUUGUAGCCAUGUCGCGUCUGAAGGACUGAGGGAACCAGCUACGUCGCAGGUUGUAUAUCGAGAGGACUGUACACAGUGUUUCGACUCAAUAGACGAUGAACAUGGGCUUAAUGUUUGUUUAACAUGCUUCAAUGGAGGUUGCGCUGGUGAUAGAAACCAUGCAUUUCUCCACUAUGAACGUUGCAGUCACCCUUUAGCGCUCAACAUCAGAAGAUCACGUAAAAAGGUUCAGCGAGAUGAGCCACCGCAGAAGAUUUCGAAGCUUGCAAUCGCAGCUGAAACUGAUGAGGACCGCUAUGACACGAAAACACGUGUUGUCUGUUAUCCUUGCCGUCAGAGUGAUCUCGACGCUUCCAGUGGUAGGCUGCCAGCUGUAAUUGAUGGCGUGAUGAAAGCGAUGACCUUCUCCAAAAGAGAGGAAGUCAAGGCCUGGGAGCAAGAGUUCAUCCCCUGCGAACACACCAUUAAUCUCAUACAGGGAGCGUCAAGACAGAUUGAAUCAAAGGAGCUGGUCCAGUGUUCCAUGUGUAACCUGAAAGAGAACCUCUGGCUAUGUCUAGAAUGCGGAAACCUUGGCUGCGGUCGCAGUCAGUUUGGCGGAGUUGGAGGAAACUCGCAUGCACUUGCGCAUUCUGACAAGGAGUCGCAUGCUGUUGCAGUGAAGCUGGGCUCUAUCACUGCAGAUGGUUCGGCUGACGUGUAUUGCUACAGAUGCAAUGAAGAAAGAACCGAUCCUAACCUGGCUACCCAUCUUGCCAAUUGGGGCAUCAAUCUAGCGAGCCGUGAGAAAACAGAAAAGAGCCUUAUGGAAAUGCAAGUGGAGCAUAAUAUGAGAUGGGAAUUUUCGAUGACUUCUGAGGACGGCCAUGAACUUACACCUGUGUUUGGACCAGGUUUAACUGGCUUGACUAACUUAGGAAACAGCUGUUAUCUCUCAAGUGUUGUCCAAUGCCUUUUCGCCUUGCCUGAGUUCCAAAAACGAUAUUACCAUCCCAACAGCGAGCCGCCGCACACGCAGAGGCCAGCCGAGGACCUUGAAACCCAACUGCGGAAGCUGGCCGACGGCAUCCUCUCUGGCAGAUAUUCCCGACCCGAUAGCGAAGUUAGGUCUUCACCUGAUUCAGCUGAGGUUCCUCAUCAGAAGGGUUUAGCACCCGCUAUGUUCAAACAUCUCGUCGGCCGUAAUCAUGAAGAAUUCUCGACGAUGAGACAACAGGAUGCGUUCGAAUUUAUGCUUCACCUCUUCAAGCAGAUCAGCUUGUCCAAGCAUCCCGAAGGGUUAGAUAACCCAAUCACCUCAUUCGGCUUCUCUGUGCAGCAGCGUCUCCAAUGUCUACGGUGCAAGAAGGUUCGUUACAGGGCGGACGCCCAGGAUAACAUUUCAAUCCCUGUUCCCGCUCGUCGGCUCCCCGGUGCAGAUGCUUCUGACUCCAUAAACGAGUAUGAGAGUGUCACGCUAGCAGAAUGUCUGGAUGUAUUCACGGCCGAAGAGGUCGUUGAAUUCAGCUGCCCGUCCUGCGGUUCCACGGAAGGGUUCAGUAAGAAAACUUCUUUUAAGACCCUACCGCAGAAGUUGGUUAUCAAUGCGCGAAGGUUCGAGCUGAUCAAUUGGGUACCUACAAAGCUGAAUAUUCCGGUAGAAGUUGAUGAGAAGCCAAUAGAAUUUGGUACUUACCUCUCUUCCGGGCCUGAUCCAAAUGAGGAGCUUCUGCCUGAAAUCCAGGAACCUGAAAACGUGUUUAAGCCCAAUGAAAUCGCGAUUGAGCAGCUUGUUGCCAUGGGUUUUCCGAACCCAAGGUGCGAAAAGGCGCUGUAUAUGACCGGCAACUCGGAUGUUGAGGCUGCCAUGAAUUGGCUCUUUGCUCACAUGGAAGACCCUGAUAUCGAUGAGCCGCUCGAUAAGAUGGUUACCAGCACCUCAGGGAGCCAGCAAGACCCAGCUAAGGUUGCGCAGUUAACUGAAAUGGGCAUAAAUUCUAGUCAUGCCAGGAGGGCAUUGGCAGCGACGGACGGGGAUCUCAACAGGGCGAUUGAUUGGGUGUUCACCCAUCCGGAGGAUUCAAUGGACCUUAGCUCAGACUCUGACAUCCCUGAACCCAGUGAUAAAUGUCAAGGCUCUGAUGCCACGCCAGCGAAAUACCAAUUACAGUCAAUAGUGUGCCAUAAAGGCUCAUCCGUGCAUGCUGGGCACUAUGUCGCUAUCGUGCGUAAAGCUGUGCCAGGAAGUAAUGGUACUUCGUGGGUCAUGUUCAAUGAUGAGAAGGUUGUUCAGGUGGAUGAUAUACAAGAGAUGAAGAAGUUCGCGUAUAUCUAUGUAUUCUCGCGGACUUGACCUAUGAAUUCCAAGCGGGUAGAUGAAAUA